AUGAUGCCUCUAUCAACAGCGCGAAGUUCACCACUACCCACAAACUCAAGCGAUCUAUCACCUGCAACACGGUACGACGAACUCGAAGAAAGUAUCAUCUUUGACAAGUCGGAUGCUGACAGUUUGACUUUUUCUCAUAAUGACGCCCUCGUUAUUACUUUACGAAUUUUGGAUACCGAUGUUAAACGCAUUAUGGUAGAUGACAGGAGUAGCGCAUGCAUUAUCCAUCCCCGAGUACUUACCCAAAUGAGACUCGAAGAGAAGGUAGUACCGCGCUACAUCAAGCUAACUAGUUUUAACAAUGCAGUUGAAGAGACAUCCGGAGAAAUUACACUCCCCGUUUUGGCCAGCGGCGUAACUCUGGAGAGAAUAUUCCACAUCAUGGACCAGGCUACUGUGUAUAACGCCAUAAUGGGACGACCAUGGAUACAUCCCAUGAAAGUCGUCCCUUCCAGUGGGGAUUGA